CCGCACUCUUUUGUGUUUAUAAACCUAUUCCCACAUCAGGCAGACUGGUUGCUUGCUUGUGGCAGAAUCAGUUUGUUAGGAUGCCGAAAAAGAAGACUGGCCAACGGAAGAAGGCCGAGAAGCAGAAGCUUCGGCAGAAGGAAAUCCGCAACCGCGAAUCGCAGCUUCCCGAGCAACCUUGCAAUGUGGCAAUGGACUGCGAGAAAUGUGGCAAGAAGCAGAAAUCCCGAGCCUUCUGCUACUUUUGCCAGAGCGUCCAACGUCUUCCGGUUUGUGCUCAGUGUGGCAAACAGAAGUGCAUGCUCAAAACCGGGGACUGCGUGAUCAAACACCCGGGAGUGUACACAACCGGAUUGCAGAUGGUUGGCGCGAUUUGCGACCACUGCGAGGCAUGGAUCUGCCACGGCCGGAAGUGUCUACAGUCGCAUGCCUGUGCCUGUCCGCUGAUGGAUGCCGUUUGCGUAGAAUGCGAACGAGGCGUCUGGGAUCACGGAGGGCGGGUGUACAAGUGUUGCUUCUGUGACAACUUCCUGUGCGAGGACGAUCAAUUCGAGCAUCAGGCUUCGUGCCAGGUUCUGGAAUCGGAAUCGUACAAAUGUCAAUCGUGCAACCGCUUGGGCCAGUACUCGUGCCUACGGUGCAAGACUUGCUAUUGCGAGGACCAUAUCCGUCGGAAAGGCUUCAAGUACGACAAGAACAAACCGAUUCCAUGUCCCAAGUGUAACUAUGACACAAGCCAGACCAAGGAUCUGAGCAUGUCGGUUCGCAGCCAUAAAUUUGGCCGUAAACGCCUGGAUGAUGGGGGUGACGAGGAUGAUGACUACGGCUACGAUCCUCAGUACAUGGCUUAUCGGCAGGCCAACGAUGGCUACAAUGAGUACGAUUCCGACGAUGAUUACGAUGACGACGACGAUGAUGAUGAUGAAGAUGAUUCCGGUGAAUCGGACUCGGAGGAAGACGAAGAAGAAGAUGACGAUGGAAAGGCUUCCGCCGAUGGCGAAAAAUCAGCCGAGGCGAGUGGAAAAGCUGGUUCGAGCAAAAAAUGAGGGACAUUUCUUUUUUGGUCUACGGAUUUGAACAGCUCUGCGGUUCCGAGGUUCAUUUAGCGCGUAUAUAUUGAUUGGGGAGGUUCAAUUUUAUGCCUUUUGCUCAGAAGCAAGGAAAUACAUUGGAAAAUAAAGAAAACAUGAAAUAAAAAACAA